AUGUCUGACGAAGCUGCUCUACCAUCCCGCCGAAACAGCAACUUCUACCUCGAGUGCAUUACGUUCAAAGUUGAGGAUGAGCUGUUCAAAAUUCCGAUACGGUGCAUCACUUUCGAUACCGAACCAUUCAAGACACUUGCAUCUCGCUCAUUGCCCACGGGCGAUGGUCCCGUAGAAGGGACAAGCGAUGAACAUCCCAUCAUAUUGCCUGAUACUUCCAAGCGCGAUUUUGAACGGCUACUCGAAGUGCUGUGUCCUCUUAGCUUCAAACCCAAGGCCAUCGCGUCGACGGAGGUCUGGGAAUCAGUUUUGAAGCUAUCGACGAAGUGGAGACUCUUAGACGUUCGAAGUUAUGCCAUCGAGACGAUGAAUACUCUGAACCUUUCUCACGGAGAGAUGGUUCGGUAUGGGCGCGACUAUAGAGUGAGCAACUGGUUGAUCAAAGGAUACCUUGGCUUUGCCACACGCGAAUCUCCGUUGGAUGAAGGCGACGUGAAUGAUGUCUUUCACGGCGUGAGCUUGAAUGGAGGCAUACACCGACUUGUGCGAAUCGCGACAUUGCGAGAACGCAAGGAGGCCUUCGGCACAAGUACUACGCCGGAUGGGACAUGCCCGAGUUGUAAUUACGGCCAUAUCAGGUGCGACUACUGUGGUUCUGCAACGGACCACCCUAAGAAGACGAUGGUUGACGAGGGGAUGAUCCGCACGAGCUUCCAAGUUGAGGUGGAUGAAAUAGUGAUAGACGAGAGAUGUUUCAAUCAUGAGUAG